AUGUAUACAACAGCAGUAUUAAUUUUUGGAGUAGGAUUUACAUAUGCAUCAGUUCCGUUAUAUCGAAUGUUUUGUCAGUCAACAGGAUUCUCUGGUACACCAAUGACUAAUAAUUCUAAAUUUAGUCCAGAUCGCUUAGUUCCAACUCAAAAUUCUCGAAGAAUCAGAGUUACAUUUAAUGCAGAUACUUCACGGGCUCUUCAGUGGUCAUUUGUACCUCAACAACUUGAUGUGCGAGUUUUACCUGGAGAAACUGCUCUUGCUUUUUAUACUGCAAAAAAUAAAUCAAAUCAAGAUAUUAUAGGAAUGGCAACUUAUAAUGUUACUCCUUCUAAAGUGGCUCCAUAUUUUAAUAAGAUACAAUGCUUUUGUUUUGAAGAACAAAAAUUGGAAGCUGGAGAAGAGAUUGAUAUGCCUGUAUUCUUUUUCAUUGAUCCUGAAUUUUCUGAUGACCCAUUAAUGAAAGAUGUAGAUACAAUUACUUUGUCUUACACUUUUUUCAAGGCGAGAUAUGAUGAUAAUGGAGUAUUAGUUCCAAUUCCUGCUUGA